CGAGGCGAGUUUUGGGGCGCUGUUUCGCCUCCCCUUCGGCCUGCUGUGAGUCCGCGUUGCGGCCGGGUUUUCCCGCUUCCCGCGCUAAGUGGGCUGGUGAUAACACCGCGGCCCGCUCGGGCCCUGUUCCUCCGUCUUCUCUGCUGCGGGAGUAGGAGAGGCACCUUCCCUGCCCCCCGUCCCAGCCCGUGGCGCCGGCGGCAUCUCCCUGGACUGGCAGGGAGGGAGAGAAUGGGGGCAGGGAAAAUGCCAUAUAAUAAGAAGACUGCUGAAAAAAGAGCCCCUGCAAAAAGGAAACUUGCUGAAGUGUUUUCUCCAGGGGAGGUUCUAGCAGAUACAUCAAGAAAAGAGUGGAAAUUAGGUGUCCCUAUAGGGCAGGGAGGGUUUGGACGCCUUUACCUUGCUGAUGUUAAUUCUUCAAAGUCAGUUGGCAGUGAUGCACCUUAUGUUGCAAAAGUGGAACCCAGCCAGAAUGGACCUCUUUUUACUGAGUUAAAGUUCUACAUGCGAGCUGCUAAGCCAGAUGAAAUUCAGAAGUGGACUAAAUCCCAUAAACUGAAAUAUUUAGGUGUACCAAGAUACUGGGGUUCUGGCUUGCAUGAAAAAAAUGGAAACAGUUAUCGAUUCAUGGUAAUGGACCGAUUUGGCAGUGAUCUUCAGAAGAUGUAUGAAGAGAAUGCAAAGCGAUUUUCCCAUAAAACUGUACUACAAUUAGGCCUGAGAAUACUUGAUAUUCUGGAGUACAUCCAUGAGCAUGAAUAUGUGCAUGGAGACAUCAAGGCCUCAAACCUUCUUCUGAGUUACAAGAACCCUAAUCAGGUGUACUUGGUGGAUUAUGGACUUGCCUACCGAUACUGUCCUGAAGGAGCUCACAAAGUCUAUAAAGAAGAUCCUAAAAGGUGUCAUGAUGGAACUAUUGAAUAUACCAGUAUUGAUGCACACAAGGGUGUGGCACCAUCAAGACGUGGUGAUCUGGAAAUUUUGGGUUACUGUAUGAUUCAUUGGCUUAGUGGCCAUCUACCAUGGGAGGAUAAUUUGAAAGAUCCAAAUUUUGUUAGAGACUCAAAAAUCAGAUGUAGAGAUAAUAUUUCAGUUUUGAUGGACAAAUGCUUUCCUGGGAAAAAUAAACCAGAUGAAAUAACCAAAUACAUGGAAAAGGUGAAGCUACUGAGCUAUGAAGAGAAACCUGUUUAUCAGCAUUUCCAAGAAAUACUUCUUCAAGGUCUUAAGGCCAUUGGGCAAAAAGAUGAUGGAGUACUUGACUUUGGCUUGUUCGAGAAUGGAGACUUACAAACAAAUCACAUGCGAAAGAAAAGAAGAAAGGCAGCAGCUGCAGCCAGUGAGAACACUGAAGCAGACAUGGAAGAUGCAGUAGCUACCAGAACACGGAAGAUGACCUCACCAAAACCCAAAAAAGGCACAGCAACCAGAAAGAGAGUCCAAAAAUAAAUAAUAGAUGGAGCAACAAAUUAAGUUGCUCUUUGGCUCAUCUCUGGGUUUUUUUCAGUUACUGUAACACUGGAAUCUUUUUCUUUAAUUUUUAAAUGAUGAAUCCUGUAAAAACAUGGACUUCUGUUUGUACCUGUUUUUGAAGAAUAAAUGUUUUAUUAAAAUAUUUGCAUAAUUUAUGUAUACUUAAAUACUAAUGCAAAAUUUUGCCAACUUUGAAGUGAGGAUGUAUUUUUAUUCAUAUACAUGAAGUCAUAUCUUAAAGGCAAAUGGAAAGAAGUGCUUUUUUCUGCUUUAUAAUGUAGAAAUAAAGCCUUAUUUAGUUUCAUUAUGGAUACUUUGUAAGGAAGAGCAGUGUUGCCUCUGAUAUCUUUUUUUCUAAUUGAGUAAAGCCUUAUUGGAGGUCACUUAGAUGGACACUGAGAUAAAGUCUGAAAUGGUAAAGACAUCUUUUAAAUAUUUGCCAAGUGUUUGAAUUAAAAAAGAGAACAUAAGACACAAAAAAAUCGCAUCCUUCCAUUCUAGUUUGUUAUAAAGUGUUUUUAAACAAUUGUUUGGAGGAUGGGUAGUGAACUUCAGUUAUUUCUUUGCAUACUAUUUGUGUUUGUACCAUUUUUCCAAUUACUUGGAGUUUCUCUGGAAAGAGGAGACCAAAAUUUCAGACAUACAGGGCCCAGGGCAAAAAAAGAACCAACCAAAAGCCAAUACUCCCACAACUACCCCCUCAAGUUUUCUUUUUAUGUUAAUGAAAAUGCUACAAAAGUUACAGUUAUGAAGAAUAACUUUGUAAAGUAUCUAAUUCCAGUGAAAGCUUGACUCCUAUGUGCUUCUCAACAAAAUAUCGGUUUACAUGUUUUUGGUAGCUGAGAAACAUGUAACCUUUCUUAAAAGUACUUCCUUGCUUGGCUUUGAGUCUUCAGAGUUUUAAGUCAAAAAAUAGUGUUUAAUUUUGGUAUGAAAUACUUCUACUUUUCAUUUAGAUAUUGCAGAAAAAUAUAUAAUUUGGGCAUGAACAUAAUUCUUAUCAGGGAGACUGCUUUGACAAACCAAAAGGAAUCCUUAAUGAGCCCAUGGAUGGUAUAUCUGUGUGGAUGUCCAGUGCUCUGCUUGCUUGAUUGUGUAUUGUCCGAGUAGCUACUCACUGAAAUGAAUGUUGUAGCAUAAAAUGUUGAAUGAAUGACUUGGUUAUGUUUUGAAAACAAGGGAAUCCGUUGUUUGGAAAUAAAACUGGAAUCAUGUAUUUAAAAGGUC